UUACAUAACAAUUACAACUUAUUUGAGAAAUGUUGGGUGCCCCAAUUUGUGUAACUCAUUCGCAAAUAAUAUGUGUUCCAUUUGAAGAGGAUGACACCCCAUCCUCUUUACUCUUUACUCGACUACAUACCAAGAAGACCUUCCUACUAUGUAAGUCUUUACAUCCUCUUCACUUCCCAAACUAUCUACUACCUACCGCCUCUUCUACUGCUGUUUUGUUGAGUUGAGAGCUUUGCUCCUAGCUAGAUCUGCCAUGGCUGGUGGGUUAACUUGAAGUUCCUACAGUAGGCAAGACAAAAAAGACUUGAAGAAGGAAGAUGUUUGAUCACAUAACAACAAGUGAAAUAGCAGGCUAUGCCGUUGGUGCUGUGCUACUGUGUGCAACCAUAUCUGCCCCUAAGAUUGACUCUUUAUUCGCUGCUCCUCAACGCAGUUCACUGGGGAUGUGCAAAAGAUGUGGGGAUCUGAAGGUGAUAGCGUGCAGGAAAUGCAAGGGAUCUGGAGUUAUUAGACCCUUCAAUUUCAUUCCUCCUCCUAAUGAUGAUCAUGAUUACCAAUUAGCUGGCUCAAAAUGGAGAUUAGCAUCCUCUUCUUGCGCCAAGUGUCAGGCCAGAGGUCAUUUUAGCUGCCCCAAGUGCUCAAAGAAUCUGCUCCAAUCUUGAAUCUUCUGCAUCUCAUCAUCAUCAGCUGAUGAUUGUGUAUUUCUGCUUUUCCUCUUUCUGGCUUUGUGUUUGCUGAAGGAUUUAUAAAUGCUGCUUCUGUGGGAUUUUCACCGAGUAACAUUUAUGAAUAAAAUUGGAUAGAUGAGUAGUGUAUAAAAUUGAAAGCAAGAGUAAAGACACUUGUCUUUUGAUGCAUUAAUAGUUGCCAAACAAGUGAAAACAGUGGAAAUAAGACUUAACCUGCAUGGCUGUAUGCAAAAAAUGCUCACAGAAAUUGUGGCGCUUUAGAGAAUUCACCACAUUGGUUCAUAUCAGACUCAAGACUCC